CAUUUCCUUGGGAAGAAAAAAAUAAGAGGAAAAGAAGAAGAAAAGGAAAAUCUUUUAGGCUUUGAGAAUGAUGAGUGAAGAGUAUCAUGCGGCUCUGCAACAGAUCGCAUUAUAUUUGCUCGGCGAGUCCUACACUCCUGCCAUUUCCUCUGCGGGAGUAGACGAGACUGCAUUGCCGUCAGAUCACGGAGAACAUUUGAAAGCGGGCGGCGGCACCAGACGCAGUGAAAGUGACAGUUACAUUUCGUCGCUUAAGAUUUCUGUUCCCGUUAAGAGACGCUACAGAGGAGUGCGACGCAGGCCAUGGGGGAAAUUUGCGGCGGAGAUUCGGGACUCCAGCAGGCAUGGAGCCCGCACUUGGCUCGGCACUUUUAGUACAGCGGAGGCCGCCGCUGCUGCAUAUGACCGUGCCGCUUUCAGAAUGAGAGGAGCUAAGGCUUUGCUUAACUUUCCCCUUGAGGCCAACUCCCACACUGAGUCUCGCUCAGGGUGUGGUCACGUGGAGGCCAAAAGCACAAGAAAUGAAGAUGAAAAGUAAGUUGUUGGAAAAGUGAUGUGAACGUAACGCUGAGUCCCUUGUAUAUAUUUUGUUGAAAGUAAGUUGUUGGAAAAGCUAUGGGAACGUAACGCUGAGUCUCUUGUAUAUAUUUUAUUAUUGCAUAAUAACAACUCCUCCCCUGUUUCUCUCA